CUGCAUCAGAGUCGGACAGACCCCCCAUCUCAUGCCGCCGCGAAGUUGCUUCAUAUCAUGACGAAUGACAUUUUUUGGUUUUAACAUUUAUAUUUCCCAAGAAAAACAAUAAGAAAGAUCUAUUUGGAAUAUUUCAUUAGCCAGGCUAAUGAAAUAUUUCGGAACGUGACGGUCUACAUUUAGGAUGGAGUAUUAGGGCCAAAUAAAAAAUAAAUAAAUAAAAGGAUUAUGAAAUUAAAGUCGUACUAUUGCUACGAGAAAAAAAGUCCUAUUAUUACGUAGGUGUAAUGUAGCUGUAAGCCACUAUGCACUUUACGUACAUGUACCUUAGCUGGGAGCUACAACGAACCAAUUAGAAUAAAUCAUUCAAUGGAUAAUAAUUUGACAUAUAUGAGGAAAAAUAUUGUUAUUAUAUUAAUUUACAUUUUAACGGAGGUGGCAACAUUGUUACGUAAUGUAGCAGCUUAUUCACCUACAUUAGCCAUAUGUAAUAAUACGACUUUUAUUCUCGUAGUAAUACGAGGAGAAAAAGUUAAACUAUUACUAAGAGAAUGAAUGACAAAUUAAUAGUAUGAGAAUAAAAAUCAAGUUUUUACGUAGGGCUAAUGUAGCUGAAUAAGCAGCUACGCUACGAACUUUAUGUAGUGCGCUGCCGCCUCUGUUAAAAUCAACAGUAUUGAAAGCAUCUUGUGUUUUAGAACUGGUUUAACAAAUAAGGAAAUCCUUAAUAGUUUGCCCCAUCUACAUCAAAUUCUAAUCAAUAGAAGGAUUUAUACUACCACUACUAAUUACACCUAGAUUAUACUUACAUUACCCCUACGUAAUAAUACGACUUUUUUUCUCGUAGCAAUAGUAUGACUUACAUCAAGUAGUCCCUUUUUUUUCUUUAUUUGACCCUAAUACGUACUACAUUACCAUAACAAUAACAGACCUUCUGUUAACGGACCCCCGUACGUUGACAACUUAAAUCUUUUCUAAAUACUUUAAAACACAUAUCUGAAAUUACAACCAGUGACAUCAGCAACGAACAAAUACUAUGCUAGGACGCGGCGAUUUUGGUAAAACACACUCCAUGAAGAACUUCAACGUUAUGUCAAUAUUAAGGUUGUUUUCACAGGCUUAAACCAGAAUUACAUUUAUUAACUUGAAAUACCUUUCUGUGGAUUUUUCUCCCGAUUUCCAACAUUGUUCCAAUGUAAUCAACAUCGUGCCAACGUAGUCAGGCACAAGCUUGCAAUAGGAGAACCGAUGUGAUCAAAAUAAAGUGUGCAAAGGAACAAUUUGCAUUUGACGUGCUAAUUCAGAUGACUUCUGGCAAAUAGUGCGUAAAUAAUGAGCUACAUGUAUUCAUUUAGACAUAUUGUUAAAUUAUACAUAUUGUAAAUUACAAUGUAUCUUUGAAUCUUAAAAAAAUAUGUACAUCUCAUUUGCAAGGCGUGGUGGCUUUCAUUUUAGUGUGUCAGUGUGCCACAAUCUUAUAUGGAUAGGGGAAACCCUGCGUUUAAGACAAAUGCCCUUCUUAAUGCAACGCUCUAAUCUUAGCCAGGUUUUGGAUCAGCCUAGAGUUUGUAUUGCCCCUGGAUGAAUUGUUGAAAAUUUAUUCAGAAGUUGCGUAGAAAUGUAUAUUACAUCCAAGUUGCAAAUGCUUUUUUCCAACUCAACCACACAGAUGACUUUUUAACCAGAAUUGUGUACUAAUAUGAUAAUAAUGUACAAUCAUAAUGAUAGUAAUUGUAUCUGCGCCUUCAUUUUCAUGCCUAUAUAUUUACGGUAUACACAGAGUAUAUGCACAGGUAUAAUGAUACAGGAUGGGAAUGAUGAAUCACCUGCUGAAGAAAAUCGAUCACUUGUUGACAUGCAUGUGCAUGCACAUGUUCAGUGCAGUGAAUGUGGGCAUGUGUGUAUGAUAGAGUAUUACAAGGUGUUGUCAAGAAAGCAAUUUGUUUCUGUCUCGGAUGAGUUUUUCAUCAUGACAAAUUGAUGUAAACCUCAUCUAAAAAUCCACCGUCUCCCCUUGUGCCCCCACUGAGCCUACCUGGGCGCCACUCACAGCUUUAUUGGGAUGAAGUCAUAGCUGCAAUCCCCCACCACACCCUCCGCACCCCUUUACUUGGCCCCGCCUCUGCUGUAAAUCUGGUCUUGACACCUGUGUAUGAAAGUGUGUAUAUCAAGCAAGCAGAACUGUAGGCUAUGUGCGCACAGCAGUCUUGAUCCCCACAUCUGUAUGUGUGAACACGCACGUACGUGCUGACACAUACAAACCACCUAUGUACACGCGGGAGGGCUGCAGAUGAUGUUAUCUGACAAUGUCACAUGAAGAGGUUGAAAAUGAGGCUAACAAUGGCGCUUUUCAGCCGUGGCACGGAGGUUGGCCUUUUUUCAACAGUUCCAACUCUAGCAUUGCAGAUGCACCCUCCGUUUUAUUUCAAUAGAUUCUUCAGAUCUAGACAAGCUAAUCAAAGUAGGUUGACUAUUGUUCUCUCCGUUUUCAAUCACUGUCCACCUAAAGGUCGUUGUCAUUCUUCUUCUACUGUGCAUGGUUCAUUAUGCACAUCAGUGUCAGAAACACUGAAAAAUUGGCGCACAUGUUUUUAGGUGAUUAUGUAAAGUUUUGUGAAUGCAUAGUUCCGGACUUGAGUUGUUAAAUAUGUAAGUUAUAUUAUGUUUCCGUGAAGCUUACAAUUAUAAUAAGCUUAUUUGCAUCAUCCUCCCCGGUGAACUAGGACCAGAUGUAUGCCCUCUGCUGGUUAAUAUGGGGACUUAAUGUCACUUGGGAAGGUGUUGAUGUUAAUCUUAAUUCAUUCAUUCUGUUGUCUUUGAAUAAAUAGAUUUUUAAUUUGAUAAGUGAAGAAAAGAUCCCCUCCUAAAGGUCGUGGGAUGUACAAAAGCGAUGACUGGCUGAUUAGUUCACCCUUUAUUGCAGUAUUUACAAUGUCUCUAGAGGUUGCAUUGAGUGAUAUUCUCUAUUCUUUUAUGUUCGGUCAUUUUGAGAAUGUAUGUAUAUCCCCUGGGAGGUCUGACAUAAUAUUAGCUUUUUCUUUGCAGCUACCUCUGCCCUCGUUUCUAUUUUUUCCAGAUUCUGCUCUCUGUAAUCUUCCCUCUCCUGGUCUUGUCAAUGUAUUCUUAUUCCAGAGCCCGUGAUGUCCACAUUUCUGUUUUCCUCUCGCAGACACUCCUGCGGUCCAUUACACGCAUUGUCACAUACUCACCCUUCUUGCAAAGCUAACCUUCUUUGUUUUUGUCUCCCAUCCUUUUCUCCAUCCCUUCGGCUCACUCAUUAGCUCUCACAGUCGCUCGUUCUCCCUCUGUAUCUCACUAGAUUGGCGAGAAUGGGAGAGAGAGAGAGGGUAAGGGAGAGCGAGUGAUGGGGGAGUGUGUGUGCGAUGAGUCUGCUCUCAGUCUCAGCCGUGACCAGAUGGAGGAUGGAGCUGCAACAACAUCUCUCCUUCUCUUCUGCUCUGCCUGCCACAGGCUGAAAGGCUCUCUCUUUUCCUCUGUCUCCUCAUCCAUCCAGUCCCCCUGUGCCCGCAUUGACCUUGAUGUGUGACGGAUUGAGCUUAAAAAGGAGUAAGGACAAGAAUUGAAGGGGGACAAAAAGACGUACAGUCUCCUGGCAAAGGGUAUAGCAGCACAAAGCUCCGUGCUCAUCUUUUUUUGCCUGAAGCAUGUUGGUGUGCAGGGUUCGUCUCUGCAGUGCAACAGCUCCACGUGUGUUUUAGUGUCUAGUCCCACACUGCUUGAGUGUAUUUAUAUAGCGCUUCUGGCACUUAGCAAGUGGACUGGGCUUCUCAAAGCGUGCCUCAAAACAGUCGGAGAGGAGAGAAAAUAGAAGAACUGCGAAAGGACAGACAGAAACGGGGCGCAACAAACAUUGAGAAACAAGACAAGUGCUCUUUGACAAGAGCGAAGUGGAGGAGAGGACAUUAGGGUAGAGAGGGUUAAUCAGAAAGCGAUAGAAGUGCAGAGCGAUGCAUCACUCAGGCAACACAGGAAGAACAAAGACCCUCUCUCAUGAGACAGGUCGCCCACUGCCUCCAACCUCUUCCUCUUCCCUGCUCCCUCCGUCCCAUCCGUCCUCUUCGUCCGUCCCACACCACCCCUCUCCUGGCCCGUCUCCACCCAUCAGGGAGUGUCAGGUUCCCCUCCUGGAGAAAAACUCCACCCAUUCUCACCUGGAGCCCCACCCAGAUGACUCAUACUUGCUCCGUGCCCAGACAUCCUCCACGGGGGUGGCGAAUCACCACACCCAGUCCAAACUACGGCCUCCACUGCCCCCACCACACAACCAUCACACCUUGUCGCACCAGUCUGCAAACAGCUUAAACAGAAACACCCUGAGAGGGGGACGUAACCCUAUUCACGCCCCAGCUCCAGGAUCCGGCGACGGACCCACCACCCCUGAGUCUGUGCAGCUCCAAGACAGCUGGGUGCUCAACAGCAAUGUCCCACUAGAAACCAGGCACUUCUUAUUCAAGACAUCAUCAGGGACCACCCCAUUGUUCAGUAGCUCCUCCCCCGGCUACCCUCUCACUUCUGGGACAGUGUAUUCUCCGCCCCCACGUUUGCUACCCAGAAACACCUUUUCCCGCUCGGCGUUCAAGCUAAAGAAACCGUCCAAGUACUGCAGCUGGAAAUGUGCAGCGGUGACGGCCAUUGCUGCAGCUGCUCUGCUGGCCGUUUUAUUGUCCUACUUCAUCGCAAUCAACCUAUUGGGUUUGACAUGGCAACUGAAGCCAUCGGAUGGUCCGGUCUUAAACAACGGGCUGGGGGCUGCUGUGCCUGUGAACAGUGAUGUGGCCACGCUGCCUUCUGGAGGCAGAGGUCCGUGGGUUGGACGUAACAGUAGUAUAGACACGGGCAACAUUGACGUAGGGAGGAGAGCCACUCAAGAAGUCCCACCAGGUGUAUUUUGGAGGUCCUUGCUGUACCUCAGUCAAGCCCAGUUCCUCAAAUUCAACAUUUCUUUGGGCAAGGAUGCCCUGUUCGGGGUCUAUAUUCGUAAGGGCCUUCCCCCCUCACAUGCACAGUAUGAUUACAUGGAACGCUUGGAUGGGAAGGAGAAGUGGAGCGUGGUUGAGUCUCCACGAGAAAGGAGGAGCAUCCAGACUGUGGUUCUUAAUGAGGCAGUGUUCGUCCAGUACUUGGAUUCUGGGGCCUGGCAUCUGGCUUUUUACAAUGAUGGUCGUGAGAGGGAGACAGUUUCCUUCAGCACAAACAUUAUGGAUUCCGUGCAAGAGUGCCCGCGCAAUUGCCAUGGUAACGGAGAGUGCAAUUCUGGCGUAUGCCAUUGCUUCCCGGGAUUCCACGGCAUGGACUGCUCCAAAGCGGCAUGCCCGGUGCUAUGCAGUGGUAACGGCCAGUACGACAAAGGUUCCUGUGCAUGUUACAGUGGCUGGAAAGGACCUGAGUGUGAUGUCCCUGUCACACAAUGCCUUGAUCCUCUUUGCAGCGGCCACGGCAGCUGCACCAAUGGCAACUGUGUGUGCUCCAUUGGAUACAAAGGGCAGAGCUGUGCAGAAGUGGAUUGCCUGGACCCGACAUGUUCCAACAAUGGCAUCUGUGUGAAUGGGGAGUGCCACUGCAAACCAGGUUGGGGAGGGCUCCACUGUGAGCUGCCCCGGGCUCAGUGUCCAGACCAGUGCCAUGGCCACGGAGCUUUCAUCCCUGACACUGGGCUGUGCAGCUGUGACCCUAACUGGAUGGGACCUGACUGCUCUAUGGAGGUGUGCUCUGUUGACUGUGGAACACACGGAGUGUGUAUGGGUGGGGCAUGUCGCUGCGAGGAUGGCUGGACGGGUGCAGGCUGUGACCAGCGUGUGUGCAACCCGCUUUGCAUCAAACAUGGAACCUGCAAGGAUGGCAAGUGUCAGUGUCACCAGGGCUGGAAUGGAGAGCACUGCACUAUCGACCAUGGGAGCAUGGUUGACAAAGCAGAUGGCUGUCCUAACCUGUGUAAUGGGAAUGGGCAGUGCACCAUGGGACAACAGAGUUGGCAUUGUGAAUGUCAAACUGGUUGGAGGGGCCCUGGGUGCAGUGUUGCCAUGGAGACCUCUUGCGCCGACAACAAGGACAACGAAGGAGAUGGACUAACAGACUGCAUGGACCCAGAUUGCUGUAUCCAGAGUCCCUGUCAAAACAGUCCCCUUUGUCGAGGCUCCCGGGACCCUCUGCAAGUCAUUCAACAGAUCCCCUUAUCCCAGACUCGUGUCCACUCAUUUUAUGACCGCGUCAAGAUGCUUGUGUCACGGGACGGCACUCAUGUCAUUCCUGGAGAAAACCCAUUCAACUCCAGUUUGGCAUCCCUCAUCCGGGGUCAGGUGUUGACGACAGAUGGAACGCCUCUGGUGGGGGUGAACGUGUCUUUUGUCAACUACCCCCACUAUGGAUACACGCUGACAAGACAGGAUGGAAUGUUUGACCUGAUAGCUAAUGGUGGGGCAUCAAUGACUCUGCGAUUCGAACGUGCCCCCUUCCUGAGCCAGGAGCGCACCGUGUGGCUGCCCUGGAGCCAGUUUUAUGCUAUGGACACUGUGGUGCUUAAGACAGAAGAGAACACAAUCCCCGGCUGUGACCUGAGUGGCUUCAUCAGGCCUGAUCCUCUUGUGAUUGCAUCCCCUCUCUCCUCCUUCUUCAGCUCCAAACCAGGGGAGAAACCCAUCAUACCGGAGACACAGGUGCUGCACGAGCAGAUCGAGGUGCCCGGCACAAGUCUGAAGCUCUGCUACCUAAGUUCUAGGACGCAGGGCUACCGCUCCCUGCUCAAGGUGACCAUGACCCCAGCCGUGGUGUCCAUGGGUCUGCUGAAAGUUCAUCUGAUGGUGGCAGUGGAAGGCCACCUCUUUCAGAAGUGGUUCCAUGCCUCACCAAAUUUAGCCUAUACUUACAUCUGGGAUAAGACUGAUGCAUAUGGACAGAGGGUCUACGGGCUUUCUGAGGCUGUUGUGUCUGUGGGUUAUGAGUACGAGUCAUGUGCCAGUCUUAUUCUGUGGGAGAAAAGGACCGCCACCCUGCAAGGCUAUGAACUGGAUCCAACCAAUCUGGGUGGCUGGUCAUUGGACAAGCACCAUAUACUUAACACACGAAGCAGCAUUCUUCACAAGGGUAGUGGAGAAAACAUCUUUGUGACAGAGCAGCCUCCAGUCAUAAGUAGCGUUAUGGGCAACGGCCGCAGAAGAAGCAUCUCCUGUCCGAGUUGUAAUGGCCUCGCAGACGGCAACAAGCUGCUCGCACCAGUUGCCUUGGCAAUGGGCAUUGAUGGUAGCCUCUACGUAGGGGACCUUAAUUUCGUACGCAGGGUUUUCCCUUCCAUGAACACCACUGGAAUCCUUGAAUUAAGGAACAAAGAUUUUAGACACAGCAAUAAUCCAACCAAUAAGUACUUCCUGGCAGUUGAUCCAUUAUCUGGAGCGUUGUUUAUCUCAGACACCAACACCCGACGAAUUUUCCGUGUCCGCUCAUUAACGGGUGGCCGCCUGCUGUCUGACAAUGCUGAGGUCGUAGCUGGGACUGGAGAGCAGUGCUUGCCCUUUGAUGAACGCUGCGGCGAUGGCGGCAAAGCUACUGAAGCUACACUUAUGAGUCCAAAAGGUAUUGCCGUGGAUAAAAAUGGGCUCAUGUACUUUGUGGACGCAACAAUGAUCCGUAAGGUGGACCAAAAUGGCAUCAUCUCCACUUUAUUGGGGGCCAACGAUUUGACUGCCGUGCGACCACUGAGCUGUGACACUAGCAUGGACGUGAGCCAGGUACGCCUGGAGUGGCCCACAGACUUAGCAGUGAACCCCAUGGACAAUUCUCUUUAUGUCCUAGAGAACAAUGUCAUUCUGCGCAUUACUGAGAAUCAUCAGGUGAGCAUCAUAGCAGGUCGCCCUAUGCACUGUCAGGUGCCUGGUAUUGACUACAGCCUCAGCAAACUAGCUAUCCACGCUGCACUUGAAAGCGCCACAGCAAUUGCCCUUUCCCACACUGGCAUCCUGUACAUCGCUGAGACAGACGAGAAAAAGAUUAACCGCGUUCGACAGGUAAGCACUAAUGGAGAAAUCUCCCUUCUGGCGGGUGCCGCCUCCGACUGUGACUGCAAGAAUGACGUCAACUGCAACUGCUUCUACGGCGAUGACGGCUAUGCCCCGGAUGCCGGCUUGAACUCUCCUACCUCCUUGGCAGUGUCCCCCGAUGGGACUCUCUUCAUUGCAGACCUCAACAACAUACGAAUCAGAGCGGUGCGAGCCAAUCGGCCCGGCCCUGCCUUGUCAAGCCCGGUGUACGGGGGAUCUGGUGGGGCGCGGUACGAGGUGGCAUCACCCAGAGAACAGGAGCAGUACAUCUUCAAUAGAGAGGGACAACAUAUCCAAACUAUUAGUCUUGUCACCGGAGAACCACUCUAUAACUUCACCUACGGUCCUGAUGGCGAACUGGUGAGUCUGGUAGACAACUGCAACAAUACAGUCAAAAUAAGGAGAGAAGGCUUGGGCCAGGGUGGAGGUGCAGGCCUGCUUCGACUGGUCCUCCUGCCAGAGAAUCAAGUGGUGACCUUGGGAAUGGACCCAAGCGGAGGCCUGCGGAGUGUGUCAGCCGUGGGCCAAGAAUUGGCUCUAAUGGGCUACAGCGGUAACACGGGUCUGCUCGCCACGAAAGCUGACGAGACUGGAUGGACUACAUUUUACCAGUAUGACAGCGAGGGUCGCUUGACCAAUGUGACAUAUCCUACCGGUAUGGUCACAAGUCUCCAUCGUGAGAUUGAACGUUCUAUCACCAUCGAUAUCGAGAGCUCCAGCAGAGAUGACGAUGUGACUGUUAUCACUAACCUGUCCUCUGUCGAAGCUUCAUAUACUGUAGUUCAAGACCAGGUAAGAAACAACUACCAAAUGUGUAACAACGGAACCCUGAGAGUGAUGUAUGCCAACGGAAUGGGCAUAAGUUUUCACACGGAGCCCCACAUCCUGGCAGGGUAUGUCAGCCCUACUAUUGGUCGCAGGAAUAUAACGCUUCCUACAGACAAUGGUCUAAACUCCAUUGAAUGGCGUCUGCGUAAGGAACAGACAAAAGGAAAAAUUACCGUGUUUGGCAGGAAGCUAAGGGCACAUGGUCGCAAUCUCCUCUCCAUUGACUUUGACCGUAACACGCGUACAGAGAAGAUUUAUGAUGAUCACCGCAAGUUCACGCUACGCAUCAUGUAUGAUGCUCAGGGCCGGCCAGCUAUGUGGUUGCCUAGCAGCAGCCUGGCAGUUGUCAAUGUUUCUUAUUCCGCAACUGGUCAGCUUGUUGGCCUGCAGAGGGGAAGCAUGAGCGAGAGGACUGAGUUUGAUCCCCAUGGACGCAUCCUAUCGCGCUCUUUUGUGGAUGGAAAGAUUUGGAGUUACAGUUACCUUGAUAAAUCCAUGGUUCUAUUGCUGCAGAGCCAAAAGCAAUACAUCUUCGAGUUUGAUACUUCAAAUCGGGUCACGGCUGUCACCAUGCCGAGCGUCGCCCGCCACACAAUGUUCACGCAUGUCUCCAUCGGAUACAUCCGCAACACUUACAACCCACCAGAGAGCAACGCCUCCAUCAUUCACGACUUCAGUGAAGACGGCAGGCCUCAGGCAACGCAUUACCUGGGCACCGGGCGCCGCGUCCUCUACAAAUACGGCAAACUGGCCAAGUUGUCCGAGAUUAUAUAUGACAGCACCGCCGUCACGUUCGGCUACGAUGAAACCGCGGGCGUGCUGAAGAUGGUCAAUUUACAAAGCGGCGGCUUCUCAUGUACCAUCCGCUAUCGGAAAAUGGGCCCGCUCAUCGAUAAGCAAAUUUAUCGCUUCAGUGAGGAAGGGAUGGUCAAUGCAAGAUUCGACUAUACCUACCAUGACAACAGCUUCCGAAUUGCAAGCAUGAAGCCAGUCAUCAGUGAAACACCUCUACCUGUGGACCUCUACAGAUAUGAUGAAAUCUCUGGCAAGGUGGAGCACUUUGGAAAAUUUGGGGUCAUUUACUACGACAUUAAUCAGAUUAUCACCACAGCUGUUAUGACGCUGAGUAAGCAUUUUGACACCCACGGGCGCAUCAAGGAGGUCCAGUAUGAGAUCUUCCGUUCCCUUAUGUACUGGAUGACGGUGCAGUAUGACAGCAUGGGAAGGGUGGUCAAAAGGGAACUGAAAAUCGGGCCCUACGCCAACACCACUCAGUAUCGCUAUGAUUACGAUGGAGAUGGACAGCUCACUGGCGUCAAGGUGAACGACUGGUCAACAUGGCGUUACAGCUAUGACCUGAAUGGUAAUCUUCAUCUGCUGAACCCCGGGAACAGCGCUCGGAUCAUGCCGCUGCGCUAUGACCUCCGUGAUCGAAUCACACGGCUAGGAGAUGUCCAAUAUCGCCUAGAUGAGGACGGUUACCUCAGCCAGCGGGGUUCUGACAUGUUCGACUACAAUUCUAAGGGUCAGCUGCUAAGGGCCUACAAUCGUGGCCCUGGUGGCUGGAGUGUUGUUUAUCACUACGAUGGCUUGGGUCGCAGAGUCUCAACUAGGAAUAGCAUUGGACAGCACCUGCAGUUCUUCUAUGCAGACCUUAACCACCCAACAAGGGUGACACACAUUUUCAACCAUUCGAGUUCAGAAAUCUCCUCACUCUACUAUGACCUCCAGGGCCAUGUAUUUGCCAUGGAGGUAAGCAGUGGGGAGGAAUAUUAUAUUGCAUCUGAUAAUACUGGCACGCCACUGGCUGUUUUUAGCAGCAAUGGACAGAUGAUCAAACAGGUGCAGUACACAGCUUAUGGAGAGGUUUAUCUGGACUCUAACCCGGAAUUUCAACUUGUGGUCGGAUUUCAUGGCGGUCUCUAUGAUGCCCUGACCAAACUAGUCCACUUCACCCAGCGUGACUAUGAUGUCUUGGCUGGGCGUUGGACCUCACCCGACUACAGCAUCUGGCCAAAGAUUGGAAAAGAUCCCUCGCCAUUUAAUCUGUACAUGUUUAAGAACAACAAUCCCCUCAGUGACAUGCUAGAUGUGAAAAAUUAUGUCACAGAUGUAAAGAGCUGGCUGGUGAUGUUUGGUUUCCAGCUUAGUAACAUAAUCCCGGGAUUCCCUCGACACUCGCUCUACUUUGUGGAGCCACCUUACGAGCUGCAGGCUACCCAGCACUGUGAAAAUGGACAGCUCAUCACUGGCGUGCAGCAGGCAGCAGAGCGUCACAACCAGGCGUUUAUGGCUUUAGAGGGCCGUCUUCUCAACAAGGAACGGCGCAGACGUAAAGACAAACCGGGCCACUGGUUUGGCACCAGUACACCCAUCAUAGGCCGUGGAGUGAUGCUGGCCCUCAAAGAGGGUAGAGUUGUAGCUGGCGUGUCAUCUUUGGCCAGCGACGACAGCCGCAAAGUGGCUCUUGUGUUGAAUGGCGCCCAGUACCUUGAAGGCACCCACUACACACAGGACGGGAAGGACUGCCACUACUUUGUGAAAAUUGGCUCGGCUGACAGCGACCUGUUGGCCUUGGGGCUUACAAAUGGUCGCAAGUCACUGGAGAGCGGCAUCAACGUGACAGUCAGCGGUCGCUCCAGGAGAGGGGUAACGGUCGAGUUUGCAGUGCCGUCCUUCGUGCUGAGUAUCCGCUACGGGCUCUCUGCCGACGUGGUGGACGAAGAGAAAGUAAGACUGUUGGAGUUGGCUCGGCAGAGGGCAUUAGCUGGGGCCUGGUCCAAGGAACAGCAGAGGGCCAGAGAUGGAAAAGGAGGCAGUCGUCUCUGGACUGAGGGAGAGCGACAGCAACUUCUAACAGCAGGCAGAGUACAAGGCUAUGAUGGCUACUAUGUACUACCUGUGGAGCAGUAUCCAGAACUGGCUGACAGCAGCUACAAUAUCCAGUUCCUUAGACAGAAUGAGAUGGGCAAGAGACGCUGAAAGCAAAAGGACGAGAGUGAAGAGCUCUCCGAUGUGUUGCCACGACAACAACACAUCAAAGGAGGACACCAGAGACAUACAAGGCAAUGUUUCAAGUUUGUCUAGCACUAAGUACAAGUCGUCACCUUGUCUCAGGCCUCCCAUUGUCCAUCACUGCUGAUGCAGUGCACAUCCGAGCAAGCAACACAUAAGCAGAAGGCCUCCAUAAACUGCUUUGAAUGGACCUGAAAGUACAAUAUAAAAAGUAAACUGAGUAAAAAUGGUUACAUUUGUGGACAGUGGCAGUACGCGGCAUUGUUGAUCAUAAAUCAGGAGAAGAAACAUGUUACUACAUAUGUGUCCAACUACACUAAAUUUCAGGAUGUUGCGUAUUCCGUAGAUGCUGUAGUUUUGUACGUUUCAGUCGCAGUAGGAUUGUGAGACGUUCACCGAGGCACUUCUGUACAGAACCCACCACUCGCAGAGUCAGAAAAAAUGCUAAGUUUGUAUUUAUUUUAUUUUACACAUUUUUUAAUUUAUUUAUUCUUAGUACUAUAUGACAAUCAUGAAUGAGUCAGUCAGCUUAAUUCAAAAUGAAUUUCAAUGUAUGAGUUCAUUUUCUUUUGUAAAUUAUGUAUUAAAUGUUCAUCGUUUUGUAUUAUUUUAGAUUGCUACCAGAGCAAAUAAUAGUCACUCUCUAAAAGAAUAAUUUAUGUAAUAAAGUGUUUAAAAUGGUUUAUACUCUAAAUAAAAGUCUUUAAAACUGUGAAAAUGAUUUUUCAAGCUAUAUUUCGAUGUACAGUGUAUAGACCUACCUUUAUGCAGCACAGUAGAAUAUUGUUGAGAAUAUCGAGUUUUAUAUUUCUAACAGGAAGUGGCUUGUAAUGUGCAAAAUCUUUGGCUGGUAUUACUACUCUAGACUUUUGUGGCACUCUAAUAUUGCAUAUCUACAGCAUAAGUCUGCAGUUUUGAUGUUAUUUUUUUCUUUGUUAUUUGAAACAGUCAGAUUUCUGACCUAGAUCCCAACAGCAGUAGCAGUCAUGGAUCCUCCUCACUGUGAAGAGACUCGUGAUGGAUGUCAAAUUGUACCAAAUCAGUAUUAUCAAAGGAUAACACGUUCACUAAAACGAGACUCUUCUGGGAAAUUAUGAAUAAAACAUGAUUGUUUAUUUCAACCCAACAAUGUCUAAUUCACUUUCAUCUAUUUUUUUUCCAGUACACAGUAAAUAUUCAUGCUGUCCCGCUUUCUUGUUAAUUUCAGCUGAGUUGACUUACUUUCCAAAAGCAAGUUUCAUUAUAAAGAAAAAAUGGUACCUUACACUUCAAU